UCCCUCAUGAGUGCUGCUGUCCUCACCCAGCACAAAACUCCAAGGUCCAACCAUAGUUAGUGAUCGUUCUCCAGCAGAGACAGUCCUUUCUGACCAGGUCAGCAGAUUAGAGCCUGAACAGCCUCAGUAACCAUGGGAGACUGGGGUUUUUUGUCCACUUUGCUGGAGCGAGUCCAGUCCCACUCCACUGCGAUCGGGAAGAUCUGGAUGAGCGUCCUCUUCCUGUUUCGGAUCAUGGUGCUAGGCGCGGGCGCCGAGAGCGUCUGGGGCGACGAGCAGUCAGACUUCAUCUGCAACACCCAGCAGCCCGGUUGUGAGAACGUCUGCUAUGACAAGAAAUUCCCCAUUUCACACAUCCGCUUCUGGGUCCUGCAGAUCCUCUUCGUGUCCACGCCGACGCUCAUCUACCUGGGCCACGCCAUGCACGUCAUCCAGCAGGAGAACAAGCUGAGGGAGGCGCUGGCGAGUCCGGAUGGGCCACGGAAAUUCAAGCAGCCCAAAUACAGCGACGAGAAGGGGCACGUAAAGAUCAAGGGGAACCUCCUGGGCAGCUACCUGACCCAGCUCGUUUUCAAGAUUAUCAUCGAGGCCGGCUUCAUUGUGGCACAGUACUACCUGUACGGCUUCGUCAUGGAGCCCAUGUUCGCCUGCCAGAAGAAACCGUGUCCCUUCACCGUGGAGUGCUACAUGUCCCGGCCCACUGAGAAGACCAUCUUCAUCAUCUUCAUGCUGGUGGCGGCCUGCGUCUCCCUCCUCCUAAACGUCAUCGAGUUUUUCUACCUGACGGCCACAAGGUGCAAGUCCAAGCGCCGCAACCAAAGGGUCACGUCAGCGGAGAACCCCGCCAGCCUCUCGGGUCCCAGGUGGCCGACAACGGAGGACACGAUGAGGCAGAACAAGAUGAACAUGGAGAUGGAGAACCACAGCGUGGGAGGAAGCCUGGACGGAGCCAAAGAGGAGAAACGACUCCUGGCCGGACAUUAACUUCCCAAGAUUGGCUUGUUUUCAAUACCUUCAAGAGACUUGAACCAGUGUGUUUGUUCAAAGAAAGUUAUUAUGCGAUUAUUAUUGUAUACUAAAAAAAAAUCACCAUAAAUAUCCAUCAGGAAGAGUCACAAUAGCUGUGUUUCCAUUACAAAUAAGCACAAAGCUUUGUCGAUAUUAAUAAGUAAUUAAAAAACAUGGUGCUCCAUUAUCAACCUACCA